AUGGGUUCCGUCAAAGAGUUUCCCCGCAUCAAGGAGAUCCGCACCUUCAUCAUUGAUGGUGUCGGUUCCGGCGGCGAUUACCACAAUGUCAAGGGUGGCCACUGGCUCAUCGACAGCAACAUCUCCACUCCCAUGACCAAGUGGGCACAGUACCGCGGCUCGCGCACUUCCUGGGGUAUCAACGUGCUUGGCUCGUUCUGUGUUGAGGUUGAGUCCACCGAUGGCACCAAGGGUUUCGCGACUGGCUUUGGUGGCCCGCCUGCUUGCUGGCUGGUUCAUCAGCACUUUGAGCGCUUCCUGAUCGGCGCAGACCCCCGUGACACCAACAACCUGUUCGAGAAGAUGUACCGCGCUUCUAUGUUCUAUGGCCGCAAGGGUCUGCCAGUGGCCGUGAUCUCGGUCAUUGACCUGGCGCUGUGGGAUCUGCUGGGCAAGAUCCGUAACGAGCCCGUAUACAAGCUCAUUGGUGGAGCGACACGCGAGCGCCUGAACUUCUACUGCACCGGACCCCAGCCUGCCUCUGCUAAGGCCGCUGGCUUCAUUGGCGCCAAGGUCGCUCUGCCGCACGGUCCUGACGAGGGCACCGAGGGUCUGCUGAAGAACGUUGAGUACCUGCGCCUGCAGCGUGCCAGUGUCGGCCCCGACUUCCCUCUCCGUGUGGACUGCUACAUGUCCCUUACUGUCCCCUACACCAUCGAGUUAGUUAAGCGCUGCGAGCAACUGGGUCUGAACAUCGACUGGUGGGAGGAGUGCCUGUCCCCCGAUGACUUCGACGGCCACGAGCUGCUGAAGCGCGCCCACCCUACUGUCAAGUUCACCACUGGUGAACACGAAUUCUCUCGCUAUGGCUUCCGCAAGCUUGUUGAGGGCCGCAACCUUGACAUUAUUCAGCCCGAUGUUAUGUGGCUGGGUGGUAUGACUGAACUUCUCAAGGUCUCUGCCCUCGCCGCUGCUUACGAUAUCCCCGUCGUCCCCCACGCCUCCGGACCCUACUCGUACCACUUCGUCGUCUCGCAGUCCAACAGCCCCUUCCAAGAAUACCUGGCCAACUCGCCCGACGGUAAGUCCGUCCUGCCCGUCUUCGGUAACCUCUUCACCAACGAGCCCAUUCCCACCAACGGAUACCUCGACGUCUCAAUUUUGGACAAGCCUGGAUUCGGUCUCGAGCUCAACCCAGCCGCUCCCCUCACCCCUGGCUCUGCCCUUCUGAACCCGGCACCCCAGAAGGCGCUGCGGGCCCCGGAUAACGAGCAGACCCCCAACGGCUCUUCUGCUUAA